AUGGACUUAAAAUUAUUACUCAAUCCAAAUAUACAAAACGAAGCAAACACGUUACCUGACUAUGUCGCAACUGUACUUCUAGCGAAUUAUGAUUAUUUUAUUAUUAAAGUUCAUCAACUUCCAGACUAUAUUACAGCUGAAGGAUUCUCAGUUAA